UUUACAAUAUUUUCUGUAAUGCAGCACAAUUGAAAACAACAAAGAUAACGAUUAAAUUUAAAACGAGUGCUGCUUUAAGAACUGCUCCUUUCAUCAACACGGCCCGUCCUUCUUUCAGUGUGCUACGACGUGGACCGGAUGGGGCGUGGCUUUGUUGAUUUCGCGCGAAUUUUCUUUUCUUCUUCCGGUACGUGUGAACAUUACCGGAGACCUAUUGUCGAUGGACAGUAUUUAUAUCUUUGCCGAGUCGAGUUUACAGUAGAUCAUAGCAGUUUCUUUAACCGCGUUCACCAGCAGCAGCAGCAGCAGCAUGUCUCAGGCGAGAGUUACUGAUUUUUUCUCCCAGAGGAAGAAAGGCAUCUCGGGUCCGGUGAAAGCAACCAAGCCGCAGAGCAGCGCGGUGCUCGACCGGAGCUCCUCCGGGGUCAGCGCUAAUGUCGCCAGCACACUGACAAGAUCCUCGAGAAGCAAAGGUGGCUCCCUUUGUUCGUCCUCCGUCCAUGAAGAGUUUGUCCGGGUUAUCGACGAAGCUGCGGGGCUCAACGACGAAGCGUGUACCGUUAAAGCUGCUCCCUCCAGCCCCCGAACACCGAAGCGGGCCGCGGCGGAAACGGAGUUUGACCUCGGGGCAGCCGUGUUCUCGGUCACCACCGACCACAGCACCGCCAAGAAGAGACGGCAGGCGGAGCACGGCACAGAGGCUAAAGCUAAUGGUCCGGAGAAAACUACCAGGAGGAAAGCCAGGAAGAAGCUGGUCCUCCCCCAAGACUCCCCACAGGCUGCAGUCCAGCUCCUGCCCGGUGAGGUGACCCAGCAGCAUUUGUCCCCUGUGGCCCCUGUGUCUGCGCAGAAUGCUGACAACCAGCUCAGCCCCCAAACCAGCAGCUCUCCACAGAGGAGCCAAGUCUCUAGCAAGAACACUGAAGGACAGGCCAGCAAGGCUGUGCGUAGAGAGGACAUCGCCGCCCUCAAGGCUCGCCUUCAGAGGAUCAAGAAACACGCAGAGGAAAUCACCGUCUCUGCUUCCCCCUCUUCUACCUCAUCCUCGCCGGCUGGUUCAGCUCCCGACAAAACCAUCCCAGCUGUCCCCAAAACCACCACAGCCACCACCACUGAUGCUAAGGCCCUCAAGAGCAACAUAGCACGGGCCAGAGAGCUCGCAGCUAAAGCUCAGCAGAGGCGGGAGGAGAGCGAGGCCAAAGAGAGCCAGCUGAGCGACACACAAACGCUGGACAGCACUGAGCUGCCAGCAUAUCAGCGGUACCACACCCUCGCCCAGGCAGCCCCCCCAGGCCUCUCCCUGCCCUUCCAGUACAAGGUGCUGGCGGAGAUGUUCAGGAGUAUGGACACUGUGGUGGCCAUGCUGUACAACCGCUGCGAGACGGCCACCUUCAGCAAGAUCAAACAAGGAGUUCAGGACAUGAUGCACAAGCGGUUUGAGGAGAGCCAAGUGGGUCAGAUAAAGACGGUGUUUCCUGAGGCCUACGUGUUCAGACAGGAGAAGAACAUCCCGACCUUCAACAGCAGCAUCAAGAAGGGCAGCUACCAGCUCACGGUGGAGCCCGUCACUCCCUCCGACCAGAAAGACGGUCGUCCUGUCCUGUCAGCCUCUUGUCUCCUGGAGAGAAGACGCAUCUUCCACCUGAACCUGGUCUCAAUUGUCAAACAGCACCACAAGGUCUUCCUGUCCUCGUUGGUCCCUCCAGUGUCCAUUCCAGAGGACAAACUGACCCGCUGGCACCCUCGCUUUAACGUGGACACGGUGCCAGCCGUCUCCAGCAGCUCGCUGCCUCAGCCUCCUCACACGGAGAGACUGGCCACGGCUCAGGAGGUGCUGGACAAGGCUCGUUCUCUCAUCACACCCAAGAUGGAGAGGGCUCUCAUGUCUCUAGCUCUGAAGACAGAAGAUAAAACUGCAGAGACUAAAGAGCCAACAUCCCCACCGAAAACAACACCCUCCCAAACAUCGGAUCCAUCAGCUGCAGCUCAGGUCCCAACUGCCCUGAAAGGAGUGUCCCAGUCCCUGCUGGACAGGAUUCGGGCAAAGGAGGCCCAGAAGCUCCAGGCAGCCAUGACCCGAAAGCCCGCCCAGGAGGAGCGCUUGCUAAUGAUGUCACGGCUCCCCGAGCUGGCCAGGAUUCUCCGGACCGUUUUCGUAGCAGAGAAGAAGCCGGCGUUAAUAAUGGAGGUGGCCUGUAACAGGACGGUGGCCAGCUACAGAUCUGCUCUCAGCACAGGCGAAAUGGAGAAACACAUCCGUCUGCUGGCCGAAGUGGCUCCUGAUUGGCUCACGAUUCAUCCAAUCAGGAAGGACUUCUACCUGAAGUUGAACAAGAACAUGGAGCUCAGUGUCAUUGUGGACAAACUGAGCAGCCGACUGCGAGAGGAGGAGAGACUCUGAGACAUUUCCGUGAUGACUGAGUGAAAUGAUGACGCGGCGUCCUCUCACAGUUGGUGCGGUCACCUUUUUGCGGCCCGUGCUGCGUGAGCUGCAGCACGCUGGAGGCAAGUGUGUUAAAGGUGUGAUGUUUUUCAGUUAAUCUCACUGGUCUGUGGGCAGUAGACGUGACAUUUUUGGGAACUGUGGGUUUUGUGGUGUGAAAUGGUGACAGACUGAUCUAUGCGCAGCUCCUGGACACCAGUAUGUCCCAGAACCCCAAGGACACAUGGGACAGAUCAGACCCAGUCCUGAUAUUUCAACUGUCCCCGUGCUGUGAGCAGGUCGUUUUAACCACAUUUUGGUUAAGAGUGACUGAUGAUUUGCUUUGUUUUUAUUUGCUCCAUGAGAGUGUAAUGUUGGUUUGUGCUUCCAGUCUUUUUACCGAUCAGUUUUCUACAGUGUAGAACUGAUGAAUGUUUACAAUUUUAAAAGUCACAGUAUGAUGUUUGAGAAAUACAAUCAUUUGUCAGUCA